CAAUCAUCCACCUCGAGCCAUCCACUGCAGUCUGCAGUCCUCCAUUCGAAGCUACCGAGCUGGUCGCCUUUGAAUACACGGCUCUCAGGUUGCUCAUUUGAGCCUCUUUCCUCAACAUGUGCCGCAUCUGCGGGCGCAUGGUCAAAUGCAUCUUUGACUCGAUGCCCUCACGAGUGCCGAAAAUGCCAGCCUCGACAAGGUCAAGAUCUGUUUACCCUCCUCGCCACAUUCGCUCUCACCAUGUAUCAUCACGAGCUUUGGUCCGCAGCGCACUGGAUCUGACGUCCACGACCCGAACCAUUCAACCACCGACAUUCCUCCUCCCAUUCCGUGCGAAAAAGUUUCACUCUGCAACAACCACAGGUCAACAAUCCGUGAGUUCGAAGCAGCAAUUUCAGAACACGUCGCCGGAGAUCCCGCCCACCGUUCUCCAAAGCACCAACCAAAGCACCAUCAAUCCCGCACCAACCGCCCAACAAGAGGUAGCUAGUGUAGGAACAGCCAAAUCAGGAACGCUGACUAGACCACUCGUCCUCUCCAAGACGCUGCAAGACAUGCUCCCUCAACUCCACGCUCAAAAGCCACACUAUAUUACAGCACAUAUCCACCGAUUCCCGUAUCUUCUCACCGAAGGCGAUACUCUACGGCUACCUUUCCUGAUGAAGGAUGUUUUCCCCGGCGAUAUCCUCCGAUUGAACCGGGCUAGCAUUAUCGGCUCGCGCGACUUCACGCUCAAGGCCGGUAUGAGUAAUACCGAGACUUACGAUUCCAAGAGAACCGGCGAGCCUAAUUAUCUUGAUGAGCGAUUGUUUGAGCUGCGUAUGCGGGUCAUGGGCACGGAGACUGGUCCCAUGAUGGACAAGGAAAAGAAGAAGCGCCGGAAUCGUCAUCGUCGCGUCAUUCACUCCAAGCAUAGAUAUACGGUGUUGCGAGUCAUGCAGUUGAGGGUCAAGGGUUUGGAUGAGUUGAAGAGUGAAAAGGGGACUUUGCUCUUGGAGUCAUAGAUGGACAGACAUAUCUCGACAGACAUAUCUCUCUUCUUGGCCUUCACCAGAAAGAAGGGUUGUUUUGAUCUACCAUACAAGCGAGGAAGACGGUUGUUACCCAUCAAAAGAAUGGACCACACUCAGCACUCUUAGAAGCAUUUCGUCGUCACAUUUAAUAGGCGAAUUCGCCUUGUAGCAACAAUACAAACAAUGAUUCUUUACAAUAAACACCUCCAACAACUUCU